GAGCCGUGGGACCCGAGCGAAGGCAGUUCCUAGGCCGCCGUGCCCCGCCGGGCCGCCCCAGCCACCGCCAUGGGCAUCAAAUUUUUAGAAGUUAUCAAACCUUUCUGUGCAGUUCUACCAGAAAUUCAGAAACCUGAAAGGAAAAUCCAGUUUAGAGAGAAGGUACUAUGGACUGCCAUAACUCUCUUCAUUUUUUUAGUAUGUUGUCAGAUACCACUGUUUGGAAUAAUGUCAUCAGAUUCUGCAGAUCCUUUCUACUGGAUGAGAGUUAUUCUUGCAUCUAACAGAGGAACUUUAAUGGAAUUGGGUAUCUCCCCAAUUGUAACAUCUGGUUUGAUUAUGCAGUUGUUAGCUGGAGCCAAAAUCAUUGAAGUUGGAGAUACACCCAAAGAUAGAGCUCUAUUCAAUGGAGCCCAGAAACUAUUUGGUAUGAUCAUUACCAUUGGGCAAGCCAUUGUGUAUGUCAUGACGGGCAUGUAUGGGGAUCCUGCUGAAAUGGGUGCUGGCAUCUGUCUCCUUAUCAUUAUUCAGUUGUUUGUUGCUGGUUUGAUUGUGCUGCUGUUAGAUGAGCUGCUACAGAAGGGUUACGGCUUGGGGUCUGGUAUUUCCCUCUUUAUUGCCACCAACAUCUGUGAAACCAUUGUCUGGAAGGCCUUUAGUCCCACUACUAUUAACACUGGCAGAGGUACCGAGUUUGAGGGUGCAGUCAUAGCGCUCUUUCAUUUACUGGCCACCAGGACAGACAAGGUCCGAGCUUUAAGGGAAGCUUUCUAUCGUCAGAACUUACCCAAUCUCAUGAACCUCAUCGCUACAGUCUUUGUGUUUGCCGUUGUUAUAUAUUUUCAGGGAUUUCGUGUUGACUUGCCCAUCAAGUCAGCCCGGUAUCGAGGACAGUACAGUAGCUAUCCCAUCAAGCUCUUCUACACCUCGAACAUUCCCAUUAUUCUCCAGUCGGCCUUAGUGUCAAACCUGUAUGUUAUUUCCCAGAUGCUGUCUGUUCGAUUUAGUGGCAACUUUUUAGUAAAUUUACUAGGACAGUGGGCUGAUGUCAGUGGGGGAGGACCUGCUCGUUCUUACCCAGUAGGAGGGCUUUGUUACUAUCUUUCUCCUCCUGAGUCCAUGGGCGCCAUAUUUGAGGAUCCUGUCCAUGUGGUUGUUUAUAUCAUCUUCAUGUUGGGAUCAUGUGCAUUCUUUUCUAAGACAUGGAUAGAGGUGUCUGGUUCCUCAGCCAAAGAUGUAGCUAAGCAGCUUAAAGAACAGCAAAUGGUGAUGAGGGGCCACAGAGAUACCUCUAUGGUUCAUGAGCUUAAUAGGUACAUCCCCACGGCGGCAGCGUUUGGCGGCCUGUGCAUCGGUGCCCUGUCGGUGUUGGCUGACUUCCUCGGGGCCAUUGGCUCCGGCACCGGCAUCCUGCUUGCCGUCACUAUUAUUUAUCAGUAUUUCGAAAUUUUUGUCAAGGAACAGGCUGAAGUCGGUGGGAUGGGUGCUUUGUUUUUCUAAAUGUUCCAGUAUUUCUUCUUGUGUGUGUGAAAGGGAAAAUAAUUUUGACACAUUGUUUUUGUCAAAUAAUGCUGUCAAAUAAUCCCUGUUUGUCAAAUAAUCCCUUUUCUUCCCUCACGGUUUGUUUUCAAGCGCUCACCGGCCCGUUUGUGAGAUGGGCGCCGAGCUCAGCCUGUGUGCAGCAUUAGUACCAGCUGCCUUAAAACUGAAGUUUACAUUAUUCGUUCAGAAAUGUACUUGUAGUGUUGCCUGUGAUGCUGGAAACCAAUGUACCCGCCUUGCCCUGUUCACUUGUGACGGUGAGAUGGUGACGUGGAUCAGUUUUGCACACAACAUUCAGAACACUCACUCUUCCCCCCACUUGUUUAAAAAUAAAUGUAGUUCAAAUUGCCACUUUCCAGUAUUUUUGAGCUUAUUUAGUGAGUUCUGGAACAUUUAUAUCUAAUCUGUAUUUUAGAUAUAAUUAACUUUUUAUACUUUUUUAACUCCUAGUAUCCACGUUCCCACCCUCCCUCUCCGUCCCCUGCCCAAUUCUUCCCCUCUCACAGCUGCCACUCCGCCCAGAUGGGCAACACUGAGCUUCAGUUCCAGCUGUUCCUAAAACAACUGCUUGUAAUUACUCCUGGUUUUCAUUCCUUUCUUCCCAGUGACAGCAGUUGGUGCUGUUUUACUGUAUUGGCUAUGCCUUCGAAUUCCAACACAUCACUUGAGAAUAUUCUUUCAAGAUACGAUGCCCCAAUUCUUCUCUUUUCUUUUUAAUCCCUAAAGCAAAGAUCUAAUUCUCAAGCAAUGUCUGUAGUUCAGUGGGGGUGAACAAUGAGUAAUUCGUGCUAGGAAUCUGUGUAUGUUGUUAUACUUUACAGCAGCAACAUGAGUGUAAACAGUAGAAAAUAAACCUUUAUUUAAUAAAACUGUUUCAGUUGUGUUGGAAAAAUAAAAUCAGAUAUUAAAUGAUUUCUAAGAUUAUUUGUAUAGGUUCAUCAUAAUCAUACAAAACCCAUCCUGAGAAGUCUGUGGCAAGAGGUCAAACGUCAUUACAGUUUAGUGUUUAAUCCUAAAACUGUUGGGAAACAGGGACCAACUUAGAGGUGCUCAGUUAUGCGACUAACUGUGGAAAGAAUAGGAAAACAUAGGACGAUCUCAGAUGUCGUCCUAGCCUCUAUCCAAAAUAGCAGAGUUCUUUAUAAAUUUUUAAAUGGUGUAGUCUGUCAGCCACAAAGAGAUCACAUUUCACUUUUGAAGGCUCCUUUUCAGAAGUAAGGGUUUCCAUUGUUUACUUUUUUAGUAAGCGCCGAAUUACAUCUUAUUAGGUCCAGGAUCACAAAACCAGUUACAGGGAGGCAGAUGACACAAGGCCGCAGGCCAGCAACAGUGGUCAUCUGGAGGACAUCUCCUCAGGGCCUCAGACCCUUGUGACCAUAGAAAUGUGGAUUCAGUGGUCAUACGUGAUUUUUUUUUCUUUUCUUCAAGAGAAGGUGGAAAUAAGGGCUUUUUUUGGGGAAAACUUGAUCUUCCAAAUGCUGAUAAAUGACCAGUGUCAGCCAUGGAAAACAUCCAGACUGCUGGCUCUCAAGCUGACCUAACUUGCCAAGGACAGCGUUGGACGUUUAAAGGUUAAUAUAAAGGGCAUUAGGGGUAUGUUCUAGGAUUUAGCUGUCUCUUGUGAUUUGCACUCUUAGGAAGAGAAAAAGGUAGAAAGGACAGAUAGAGGUUACAAAGAUCUCUCUUCCACCAACAUUUAAGAGUAGGUUUCUCAGUUUUUUCAGGGAGUGGCUUUGGAAGAGCUGGUCUGUUUGGAGACUGGUCUGUGCCCCGAGUCUGUAUAUUUUCCAUAUGCCUUGUUUCUUGAUUUUUGAAGGAAGGCAGUUACCAGGGAGAUUAUAGAACUUGGUCUUUGGGAGCUCAGGGAGAAGGAAUAAGAUCUCUAGAGAAUCAUGAUGCCUAGCAUUAAAAAUAAGGAUUUUUUUUUUUUAAAGGUUUAGGGGCACAGGGGAAGGCUACUAUUAGAGCAAGUAGUUGGGGGCCUAAUUUUU